AUGCAUGCGGCCCUCGUGUCACUAUCAAUCGCGUCUCUUGCCGCAGCUGCUCUACCCGAGGGCGUGGUCGAGGUUCCGCUCCAGCGCAUCAAGAAUCAGACUGCGUACGGCGUCGAGUUCCAGGUCGGCAAUCCGCCCCAAAAGGCUGUCAUUUCUGCCGAUACAGGCAGUCCGACUUAUGCCUUUGAGUCUCCGCGCAACACCGUCUGCCAGCAAGGCCUCUGCUCAGCCUAUGGAACCUACGAUAACACAACCUCUACCACGUCUAAAUGGCUCAGCGACGGCUACUCCGACAUGCUCAUCGACCACGGCUUCGGCAGUUUUAUCAACGACACUCUUCGAAUUGGCGGCGUCACCCUCAACGACAUGAUGUUUGGCGUCGUUGAGCAAAACUUUGCCUCGUUCCCGAUCAAUACCCAGCAAACCGCUAUUUUUGGCCUCGGGGCAUUCUGUCAGACGCCUGCGUGCGACACAUAUUCGACGUUCCUCAACCAGCUAUACGAGCACGGUGCGAUUGCUCGGCGUGCCUUCAGUGUGUAUCUGGGCCCAAACGACCCGGAUGCUACGGGGUCGCUGCUUUUCGGGGGGAUUGAUCUUGCGAAACGCCAGGGCCCGGUCCAUAAAUUGAAGGUCCUCGAUCCUACAGUAACAGCGGCGAAUCUCCAGCCCAACUGGGUCAGCCUGUCCAGCAUCGAACUCCAGCUUUCCAAUGGCACUACGAUUACUUCGACGUAUGACAACGGGACGUAUGCUCUUUGGGACACGGGGUCCCCGGGCUGGUAUGUCCAGCAAGACAUGUUCGACGCCCUCACCAGCUACUGGGGCCUCACGAAUCCCAAUCCCAACAAUGAUAUCAUCGUUGACUGCAAGUUCCGUGAGCCGUCCGACGACUCGCUUGCCGUGAAUAUCGCCCCAGGAGUCACCAUCAACGUGCCCCUGAGUUCGUUGCCUAUUGAUAACGGCGACGGCACUUGCACUGCGCGUGUUUCGCCUUGGGGAAGAGUGAUGGGCGAUACGUUUCUUCGAAAUGUCUACUUUACGUUUGACUACGAGGAUCUGACAGUUGAAUUUGCUUUAGUCAAGUAUACCGAUGAGACGAACAUUGUCAAAAUUGAGUAA